UGUUGUUUUCAUUCUUUCUUUGUUAUUUUAUUUUCAAAAAAACAAGAAUAACUCGCUUUUAACAUAAAAUGAGAAUCAUUAUUAGGCGACUGCAUUGGCGUAGUUCAUUCCUCUUUUAAUAAAGAAUUUUUAACUGGAGUCCUUUUAUAGAGUGGUGUUAACUCAAAUUUGUCAUUAUUGUUGAUAAUGAAUCAUCACACAUUGAUCGAAACACAAGAAAAGACAGUUUGUUCGAGGUGUUUCUAUAUCCAGCAAUAAUCGCUAAUCAACAAUAAUAAGCACAAUGAAGUCGACCACACAACAGCAGAAAAAUAUUCUCAACACUGUGAUCGGUGCAUUGCCCGAUAAUCGGCCAAUAACAUCGCUUCAGCUAGUGGAAGAGUUUGAAAAAUGUCCUCCAAACUUCCAACCUAUCAACAAAACUUAUGAUCAAGAUCAGGAUGCAGACUUAUGGCGCGAGAAAAUGCUUAUUGGAAAGCGAACGACACGCUACCUUUGCCAAUCAAAGACUGAAGGUCUCCCGGACUACAUCGUAGAGACAUUACGCAUCAUAAAUGACAAAGAAGUUACUCCAGACGGAUUCUCGCAGCUUACGCGAACAGCUGAUACGGAACAGAAAGCAUGGCGCAAGAAGCAAAUCGUGUAUCGACUAACUAAAAAAGGCUCUGCCAAGCAAGCCGUUACGGACAUCAUUUUAUGUUCAAGGCUACGUCAAGCGCCGGAAGGGUUUACUUUGGCCGGCGAUUUAAAUGGCAUUUUGGUGUGCUUUAAAACAUGCCCUGUGCCGCACAGACCUCCGCCGAGCGUGCCGUCUAAGCAAGCUAUAACAGAGCUUGAAAAAACUAUAGAGAAUUUAAAGCUUCAAGCAAACCCAACUAACAACAAUUCAGAAUCUCAGGACUACGAAUACGUCCAAUUACGUCCUUCGUAUCAGCUUUCACCAAAACGAGCUGCACCAAGACACCCUAUGUAUUCGACCGGAACUCUCAAUAUACAUACUGAUGUGGAAGGUGUUCCAUUCGUCCUUAAUCCGGCUUUGAAGCAUAAUACCGCGGCACUGCCCGUAUUUUACAAAGCAAUCAGUGUGAACAUGGAAUAUGACUUUCAUUUAGAGAGACAGGUGCUAUGCACAACAAAAACCUCAAAUGCUCAAAACACAAACCCGUUCUUCCAGUGAUUCCUGUCGUGCUCAACACAAUAAGUUCUGUUAGUUUGCUUUACACUCCCGAACAACAAGCUGCUUUCAGCAUAUUUACUUUACAAACAAAUGUUCUUCUUUGUUGCCGUAAAUACUAUCUUCGGUCCUGUCUGUCCGAUUGAGGGCUUAAUAGAUUUGUUUCCCUUCUUCUCAAACCCAUGCUGUCGAGGUGAUAAGUCCAGCACGACAAACAAAUCUUUCUAUCGAAUAAUGAAACUCCAUUACAGUCGCUCGUAGUGACAACAAAAUGCCAUUGUAGCUUGCCUUCUAUUGUAACUGGAACUAUGAAAAUUGUACAUAUUCAAAGGCUUUUGUUUAGUUAAACCGGUAAAGUUGAAGAAGGAAAUCAAUUGUGAACAAAAAGUUAUAAUAACAAUACAUACCCCGUAGGCAAGCAGGAAUUUACACAAACACAAGUAUUAGCACACCGGUUUGGAAAAUCAAAUGCUCUCAAAUAUUUGUAACCACAAAAAGGCGAAACAAAACACUUAGUCAUACAUAUAUAUUCUAUUGAGUUCUUCCUGUAGCCUGUUUUGAUAAUGCGAAUGCAGUGAUCAUGAAACAAUGUAUUUUAGAAAAAUAUCGAAA